CGGGCCUCGUCGAAUCGAUUAUCGGUGAUCGAUGACGGUGAGCGGCACGGAGGACGCGCACGGUUUCUAUAUCCUGGGCGGUGCGCGCGGAGGGCCGAGAGGGAACGAGCUCCGCCACUUCCUGGUUCUCCACAGCUGGUGGAGAACCACCCCGAGCUGAGCUGCACUCUCCGGGUUGCAGACAUGUCGGUGACCCCUCGCCGUGUGCGCCUGAAGCCAUGGCUGGUGGCGCAGGUGGACAGCGGCCGAUACCCGGGCCUGGGCUGGCUCGACCGUGAGGCCAUGCGCUUCAGGAUCCCAUGGAAACACGCCACUCGACACACGCCCCAGCAUGAGGAUGAAGACACCAUAUUCAAGGCGUGGGCCGUGGAGACCGGGAAGUUCCAGGAGGGAGUGGACGAACCUGAUCCUGCGAAGUGGAAAGCCCAGCUGCGAUGUGCGCUGAACAAAAGCCGAGAGUUCAACCUCUUCUACGACGGCACCAAAGAGGUCCCCAUGAAUCCCCUGAAGAUCUAUGACGUCUGCGACAUCCCACAGCCGCUGAGCAACCAAGGCUCCUCAGACGCUGGUUCCUGGACUCCACAUGACGAUGAUGGUGGUGAGGAAGAUACUCCAGAUACGCCGGAAUCUCUCCCUCCAUACCCAUCCAAUGGCCCCAGCCCGUCUCCCCUCAUCAUGUGGUCUCCUAAGGACCCAGACUCGCCCAUGCAGUCUAUGAGUGAUCCCCAUUCAAACGAAGGCUGGCUCAAAGAGGAGCCGGUGAAGAUGUGGCCUAAAGAGGAGCCUGUGGAUGUGGAGAUGCAACCCACACCCCUGGCAGACAUGCCACCCGCUCCUCUGCCUGGUCCCAUCCUGCACCCCUCUCCUCUAACCGAGGCCUUGUUUGCCUCCCCAGAGACAUGGAUUAGUUCCCUCCCGAUGACAGACCUGGAGGUCCAGUUUCUGUACCGAGGGAAGGAGAUGUGUCCCACGCUGAACAUCAGUAACCCUCAGGGCUGCAGGCUGUUCUACGGAGACCUCGGGCCCAUGGUCAACCAGGAGGAGCUGUUCGGGCCCGUGAACCUGGAGCAGCUCCGCUUCCCGACCACAGAGCACAUCACCAACGACAAGCAGAGGGUCUUCACCAGCCGCCUGCUGGACGUGAUGGACAGGGGUCUCAUCCUGGAGGUCAGCGGCCACGACAUCUACGCAGUGCGACUCUGCCAGUGUAAGGUGUACUGGUCCGGACCCUGCGCUCCAAACCCGACUGCACCGAAUCUUAUAGAGCGACAGAGGAGGGUCAAGCUGUUCUGCCUGGAGUCGUUUCUCAGCGGUGUGAUAGCUCAGCAGCGUGGCCAGACACCAAGCCCCCCUCAGUUUGAAAUCAACCUCUGUUUCGGGGAGGAGUGGCCCGAUGGAAGACCCAAAGAGAGGAAGCUCAUCAUGGUGCAGGUAAUUCCAGUGGUGGCCCGCAUGAUAAGCGAGAUGUUUUCAGGGGACAACACGCGCUCCUUUGACAGCGGCAGCGUUCGCCUGCAGAUCUCCAUCCCAGAUAUCAAAGACAACAUAGUGACCCACCUGAAGCAGCUGUACUGUCUGCUGCAGACCCACCAGGGACAGGAUGGCUGGGGCUUGCCCCCUGGGUCUGGUCUGAAUAUCACCCAGGCCCUGCAGGCACAGUGAAAUGGCAAACACUGUCUAUAUAUAUAUAUAUAUAUAUAUAUAUAUAUAUAUAUAUAUAUAUAUAUAUAUAUAUAUAUAUAUAUAUAUAUAUAUUUCUUGUUCAUUCAAACUGCUACUAAGAAUUCCUGUUGUUGGCAAAGAAGUACUUAUUUGUAAUCUUAUUUAGACAUAUGCAUUUGCUUUCAGCUUUUCUCUCGUGUGACUGUGCUGCUUCAAAGCUUCUCUGUACAUAAAGGCCUGUGUUAUCCUGCGCUGUGUGUGUGUGCAGGAAGCAUGGACAGAUGUGGUGACUACACAGGCCAAAGUCCUGCUCGUUGCAAGGGAACAUUUAACACAGUUAAUGAGUUACAGAAAUUGCCCUGUGCCAUAUUUAUCCAGAACAGGAGAGUGAUACUCUCCAGGGGUGUUUCAUGUCAUAAAAGAAAGGGGUAGAAAGCCACUUGUAUAUUUUGACCUUUCUAUAUUUUUGGAAUCAACGCAUGUAUCAAGGGAUUUGCGUGUUUUGGAGAAAUAUAGGUACAUGUAGAUGAAUUAGUCCAGGGGGUUCCAGCUGUUUUAGAUCCCAGUAUCCUGUUUGCACAAGGAAGUUUUAACAGAUGACAGAAAAAUUCUUCCUGGCAGUUUCUGUCUUGACUCAUUUUAUUUUUCCAUUUAUAUUGUAGGAUAGUAGGUUAUUCAUAUCAUUGAUUUUUAAGAAAUCUACUGUAUCCUGGCAGCCAUUUAACUGCACAACGUUCAGCAAUAGGAAUCUGUUUUAUCAUGGAUGCCACUGCACUUUGAGGUGCUGAAUUCUGUUGUAUGGCUAGUUGAAUGUAAUGCAUUUAUCAUGUGAUUGUAGGUUUAUUUUAUCAAUAAAAAUGACAAAAUAUC